ACGAUCGCAAAAUGGCACGCGGAUAGUAAGAAUUAUCAAGAAAUAUAAUAAAAAAUAUUUACGGCGAACGAUCGUACCGAAUAACGAUGGCGUCGGCUUACAUUAAAGAUGAACAAGGUGGAACAUUCAUCCCUGCCAGUCAACGUCCAGAUGGCACAUGGCGUAAGCCACGUCGUGUUAAAGAUGGUUAUAUACCACAAGAGGAAGUUCCACUAUACGAAAGCAAAGGUAAACAAAUAAAGAAUAAACCCAUGUAUCCAAUAGGUGCAAGUCCAGAAUUCAUAGCAGAGCAUAAAGCUAAACAAGAGGCAUUACUAGCAGCAAAAUCUAAAACUGUUCCGGGUGCACAGAUUAAAACAGAAGUUAAAAAGAAAAAAAAAAAAAAUAAAAAUAAAACAACGGAACGUAUAACAGAAGAAUUAGCUAAAACUACACUCUCAGAAUCAGAUCAAAAGAAAGAAUCAUCGUCACAUAACAAUAAAUCACAAACUAAUACAAAGACAAUACCCAAUAAUCAGCCUUUAACGUUGAAACCAAAUGUUUCAGCUCAAUCUGAAACUAUAACACCAGAUCCACAAAAAAGGUUGAGAAAUUUAAGAAAAAAAAUUAGAGAAAUUGAUGCAUUGGAAGAAAAGAUAAAAAAUGGACUGUUAAAAAAUCUAGAUGAGGAAAUACUUGAUAAGUUGGCAAGAAGAACCAAAAUUUUAAAAGAAAUAAAACGAUUAGAAACAAGUCAAUAG